GUUUGACUGACAGAAGGAUGUAGUCUUUGCUGAAAAGUGAGUUCCCCUUCUUCAGUGCACUGCGUUUAGUUUUUAAGAGUAUACAAGCAAGGGGAGGAAGAGAGGAUUUAUACUGGCUAGCCUCUGAUGUUGACUGUUCCUUUUGUCUAACUUUCUGUGACUUAUCAUCAUUCGGUCAGAUUUUCUUCUUGGCUUCCCCACAUUCAUGGAGCACAUCGUCAUAUGAAUGAAUUUGGGUCUGUGGAGAAGCAUACAGAUGAGUUGAGAUGAGUAUGGCUUUCCUAGCUUACCCAGUUCAGCGUAUGCAUUUAAUUCAGGUAGACUCUGUGCAACGGUGGAUGGAAGACUUGAAGCUCAUGACAGAUUGUGAAUGCAUGUGUAUUCUUCAGUCGAAACCAAUCAGCCUAGAAGAAGAUGCCCAAAGUGAAUUUUCUCUGUCAUCAGAACACAGCGCUUGUGAUAACUUGCAGUUGUUGCUGAAAAGAGCUUGGAUUAUAAGCACUGAGCUAACCAGGAUCGUUCAAAAACUAGAGAAGAACAGGUGGCAGAGGGUCCACAGCAUGACAGUAAGAGUCAACUGCCACGUCCGUUCAAUGAUAAAUGAAUACAAUACAUUCAAGAGGAAUUCUUGGGAAGAAAUGCAUCAGUAUGAAAAAAUGCUAGUGGAAAAAUGUUCUGAACUUACAACAGUUACUGAAAGGUGCAUCCAGAUUGAAGAUGAGCAGAUAUUAAAGUCUAUGAAAUCUUGUAUUAAUGAUGCUCUAACCACAGUUGCACAGUAUUUUGGCCAAUUGAUAGAACUAGCUUUAACACAUGAAAUAAAGAACCUGGUGAGAGAAAUAGACACAUCAGAUAAUCUGUAUUCUGCUGAGUCAGCUACCAGCAACUUGUUCAGUCUUACCCAGGAAGGCUCUCACCUGUGUCGCAUCAUCGCUAAGGAAGGGGGCAUUGUUGCUCUUUUUAAGAUCUGUCGUCAGGAUUGCUUCAGGUGCCUAUAUCCUCAGACACUCAGGACAUUGGCAUCUGUCUGCUGUGUGGAGGAAGGAAUCCAACAGCUGGAAAAGGUUGAUGGAAUAUUAUGCUUAGCUGACAUCCUUACGGACAAUACUCAUUCCCAAGCUACCCAUGCAGAGGCAGCAGCAGUAAUAGCUCAGAUUACAUCUCCUCAACUCACCAUCACUCAUCAUCUCAGCAGUUUCCUGGAGAACAUGGAAGAGAUUGUCACAGCCCUUCUUAAACUGUGCCAAGAGGCCACCUCUGGAGAGGUUUUCCUGCUGGCUUCAGCUGCACUUGCCAACAUUACUUUUUUUGAUACAAUAGCAUGUGAGAUGUUGCUUCAGCUGGGUGCAAUGAAUAUUCUCAUAGCAGCUUGUGGUGACAAACAGAGAGUGGAUAGUCCCUAUUCCCGAGAUCAGGUUGUGACGAUAUUAGCAAACAUGUCUGUCCUGGACCAGUGUGCCUCAGAAAUAAUCCAAGGAAAUGGUGUUCAAGUUUUAAUGGAAAUGCUGUUUGAGAAAUCGCCAUCUGGGAAUUCACCAGAAGUAGCUGCUUGCGAACGAGUUCAGCAAAAAGCCGCGGUUACGCUCGCCCGGCUGAGUCGUGAUCCCGAAGUGGCACAUGCAGCCAUAAACCUUAGUUGUAUUCCACGCCUCAUAGAACUUUGCAGGUCUCCUACGAAACGAAAUAACAGUGAUUCUGUUCUUGUUGCAUGUUUGGCAGCCUUGCGGCGACUUGCUGUUAUCAGCCCUGAUGGCCUUCAAGAGUCAGAUUUCCAGCAGUUGGUCAAGCCCAGGCUUGUGGAUUCCUUCCUGCUCUGUACCAACAUGGAAGAAAGCUUUGUAUGAACAAACCACAAAUAUAACCCAGAAUAGGAAAUAGUGUUACAUAGGGCAAUGUAGCUAAAAUGUUAUUUAUGAUUAAUUUAUUUCAAGUGCUAAAAAAUCAGCAUAGGGAAAAAAACGAGACCUGCUGGAUCAGACGAAAGAUCUGGCUAGUCCAGUAUCCUGUUCUUGCAGUGGCCAACCAGAUGCCUGCGAAAAGCCGGCAAGCGGACACAGUACAACAGCCCUCUUCCCAUUUGUAAACUGGUAUUCCAAGGCAUCCUGCCUCCAAUAUCAGAGGUAGUUCCCACUCAGAACCUUAGGCUCCAUAAAUUUUUCUAAUUUCUUGUGGGAGCAAAUUUCAUACUUCAGCUACCCCUUUCACAUUACUUGGGUAAGCCAAGGUAUUAUGAGAGAGGGAAAGAAACAUCUCUCUAUCCACUUUCUCUACACCUCACAUAAUUUAACACACUC